CAUUUGAUAUAAAAACUACAUUUCCCAUCAUGCAUCUACGCGGAUAAAACUAUUGCGUCCACGUGUUUUUAUUAACAGCGCGCGGUGCACGAGACUCUACAGCACAAAUCUCAAAUUUACUCUGCUUUACCUGCAGCAUGGCAUCUGAACUAGCACUGCUGAGUGUGUCCGAUAAGACCGGACUGGUGGAGUUUGCCAAGCGGCUGGUCUCAGUGGGUCUGUCAUUAGUGGCUUCAGGAGGCACCGCCAAAACUCUCAGAGAUGCUGGACUCACUGUCAGGGAUGUAUCUGAGCUCACUGGAUUUCCUGAGAUGCUUGGAGGAAGAGUCAAGACCCUUCAUCCCGCUGUCCAUGGUGGCAUUUUGGCCAGACAAACUCCCUCUGAUAAGGCUGACAUGGAAAAACUAGGGUUUAGUCUUGUCAGAGUGGCUGUGUGCAACCUUUACCCGUUUGUGAAGACUGUUGCGUCCCCCAGUGUGACCGUGGAAGACGCUGUUGAGCAGAUUGACAUCGGUGGAGUUACUCUUCUUCGAGCAGCAGCGAAGAAUCACGCCAGAGUCACUGUAGUCUGUGAUCCGUCCGACUACGAUGUUGUUGCCAAGGAAAUGGAAUCUUCCGACAACCAUGAUACUACAGUGGAAACACGCAAAACUCUUGCACUCAAGGCCUUCACACACACUGCUCACUAUGACGAGGCCAUCUCUGAUUACUUCAGACGUGAAUACAGUCGAGGAAUUUCCCAGCUGCCCUUGCGGUACGGCAUGAAUCCCCAUCAAGCUCCUGCUCAGCUCUACACUAUACGCCCAGCACUUCCACUUUCCGUGCUGAAUGGAUCUCCAGGCUUCAUUAACCUGUGUGACGCUCUGAACGCCUGGCAGCUGGUGAGAGAGUUGAAGAGAGCUCUUGGUUUGCCAGCCGCCACUUCAUUUAAACACGUCAGCCCUGCAGGAGCUGCAGUUGGCGUCCCAUUGAGUGAAGACGAGGCCAAGGUGUGUAUGGUGAAUGACAUGCUCCAGGACCUCACCCCUCUCGCCACUGCAUAUGCCAGAGCCAGAGGUUCUGACAGGAUGUCCUCCUUUGGAGAUUUCAUCGCUUUGUCUGACAUCUGUGACGUCCCAACUGCCAAGAUCAUCUCCAGAGAGGUGUCAGAUGGUAUCGUCGCUCCUGGUUAUGAGGAGGAAGCACUGCGAAUUCUCUCCAAAAAGAAGAAUGGAAACUAUUGUGUCCUUCGGAUGGAUCCUGACUAUGAGCCUGAUGAUGAGGAGGUGAGGGUGUUGUUUGGUUUGUACCUCAAACAGAAGAGGAAUGGAGCCGUCAUUGAUAAAGAGCUCUUCAGCAACAUUGUGUCAAAGGGCAAGCUCUCUGAGAGUGCUCUUCGAGACCUGAUUGUAGCCAGUAUUGCAGUGAAGUACACUCAGUCCAACUCUGUAUGUUAUGCAAAGGAUGGACAGGUGAUUGGCAUCGGCGCUGGGCAGCAGUCUCGUAUCCACUGCACUCGGCUGGCCGGAGACAAGGCUGAUAACUGGUGGCUCAGGCACCAUCCCAGAGUGCUCAAUAUGAAAUUCCGCAGCGGAGUUAAGCGUGCAGAGAUGGCUAAUGCCGUUGAUCAGUAUGUCAGCGGAACAAUUGGAGAGGGUCCAGAUAUGGAGGUUUGGAAGAGUCUGUUUGAGGAGAUUCCUGAGCCUCUGUCAGAGGUGGAGAAGAAGAACUGGAUCAGUUCUCUGCAGGCUGUGGCCCUCAGCUCUGAUGCUUUCUUCCCCUUCCGGGACAACGUUGACCGUGCCAAACGGAGUGGUGUGGAGUAUAUUGCCGCCCCCUCUGGCUCUACUGCUGAUGAGGUGGUCAUCAAUGCCUGCAAUGAGCUGGGCAUUUCCCUGGUGCACACCAACAUCCGUCUUUUCCAUCACUGAAAAACACUUCAAAACAUCCAGUUGAAUACAAAUAUCCAACUAGCUUCACUGUUACAAAAGUUUAGGGUUUCUUUCUUUUUAGAUGUACAUCAUUUACUGUAAUUCCAAGUUGCUUACCCAUAUGUCAUAACUUAGCCCAAUGGAUAAUUGCUAGUCUGUCCACUUUAACUCAAUAGUUUAAAUGUUAGAAUUUUGUCACGUUUCUAUUUUUACUUGAAUCCUAAAGCCAACAGCAAAGUGUUUUUUUUUUGUUUUUUGUUUUUUUUUUUUGCUGCAAAAUAUUCUUCACAUAUGGCUUCUUUAAUACUGACACACUAAGAAUUAUUUCAUUUAAUUGCAAAGAAAACACAUUACAUAAUUUCCUUUUAAUAUGUCCUUUUUUUUUUCCUCUUCAACAUUUCUAAUAUGAAAUUGUCUCCAUACACUUCCUGAUGCAUUCCAUUGUGCUGCCUCAAGUGUCUCGUGAGCAUUACAAAAUAAAAACACAAAUCAAGUAUAA